AUGCUCCAGGCCAACAAGGGCAACGUCAUCUCCAGGUUUCACAAGACAUCCCUGGAGAUUCGAAAUUUGGAGUUGACAUACUAUCUGACGGUCUUCAAUCGACUGUCUUCGAUCUCUUCCAUUCUGGCAGGUUUUGCCUCGUCGGCCCUCACCAUGAGCGUACCUGGAUGGGAAGACUCCUUGUUGGUGACCUCUUUUUUGGUCUUCACCAGCUGCGCAUUCGGGACGAACCUCUUGGUGAUUCUCAUUGCCACACUGUGCAACCUAUGGGGUCCAGGGAAGGCCCUCCGCGGAGCGGAUCAAGCUCAUUUACACCAAGCCAUUGAGGUUCUGGAGCAAGCGCAGAAGGAAGCGAUGCGCUUCUUCGUCAUCGGACUGUUUUGCUAUUUCAUUUCCACCAUCCUGGUCGUGUGGCUCUUUUUCGACAAGAUGGGAGCGUUGAUGACCACGGUGAUCCUGAUCUUUUUCUGCUUUUUGCUGGUCCGGCAGAGCUUGGUGAUUCGUCGUGCCUUCAUCCCCAAUGAAGGUUUCACCACGGGUUUGAUCCACGGGAACCCCGUGAAGAGUCACCCGAGUCACCCGGAAGGCACUGAACUCCGGUGCGCACUGAAGCAAUUGGACCCAGCCAAUGGAAAAGACAACAGUGCAGGUGAACGGCGUGAACGGCGGAUGUCCAUGGGCUCCGCCGGAGAGGUCAGCGCCGUCACAAUCUCGAAGGAGGGAAGACGAGAACAGUAUCGAAAGAUGCUCGAUGGCGAGAAUUCAGGUGUUUUCCACGUGAUUCUGGCAGCCAUCCUCUUCGGAACCGCUGUGACCAUCGUCGAGACGAUGCCAGAGAUGCGAAAUCACAUCGUUCUUUUCCAGUUCCUUGACACCGUGAUCGCGAUAUUUUUCUCCGCUGAGCUGCUGCUGCGUUUCUACGUCAGCAGCAGCUACUUGGAGUUCUUCACCAAUUGUUUCAACAUCAUUGACAUUUUGGCAGUGGUGCCCAACUAUGUGAGCUGGAUGAUGAUGCUGUCGCAUCUGGAAGCCCACAAUAUCCAUCAGGCCGCUGACUCCAUGCGCGCGCUGCGCAUGACGCGCAUCAUUCGCCUGGUACGCUUGGCGCGCAUGGCGCGCGUGGCGCGUCUGGUGAAAGAAUGGCAUGCCUUGAGCCAGAUGGAAUUGCUACUGAAGGUCUUUGUGGAGGAAACAGCACAUGGAAGUGGCGCCACUUCUUUGAUGCUGCUGGGUUUGAUCUCCUUGACCUUCGCGUGUUUGAUCUACGUGGCGGAUGAGCCUGAUUGCCAAAGUGCGCAGGAUGCGUCAAGUUGGAUGGUCUCCGACCUGGACUUGCCCAUGGAUCCAUGUGAAGAUACGUUUAUUUUCAACUCACUGCCUUCUUCCUGGUGGUGGGCAGUGGAAACUCUCACCACGGUGGGAUUUGGCGAUGUGAUGCCAACAGCUUCUCUGGCUAAGUUUCUUUCAGCGCUGUGCUGCGUUUGUGGCGUGGCGUUUCUGUCGCAUUUUUCGGCGCAGUUCUCCAUGCACUUCUGUCAGCGGUGGCUCAGGCUGCAGGCCACUCACAAGAUGAAAGAACAGAUGGACGAGGGCGACACAACGAGCGUCGUUGGUGUCGCCGGCCCGGGCCGGCCGAACGGCAGCAAGGAACUCGAGCGCCUGGAUGAACUCCUCUUGGCUUUCGAGGAAUCUCUGACGGAGCUGGUGGAUGAGGUGCGGUAA